AUGGGUUUCAACCAAGUAGGAGUUGGGUUGCUGCUACUUUGUGCAGCUGGUUUGGCAACAGCACAGUGGCAACACUUGCAGAAUGCUCAGGCUCCUGCUGGACUUCAACUCAACAGUCCAGGGCAUCCUUCACUGCAAGUGAAUGCUGGGUUGCCUUCUCAGUGGACUCAAAGUAGUUCUCAAGCUGGAAGCCCUGCAGUAGCCCCACUUGGAAUACAACUUCAAAAUCCUUCAGCUGCUGCAGCCCAGCAAGUAAUUCAGCAACCAGUGAAGAAACUGACUUGGCGUUUUUCAGUUGCACCACAAAUCCCAACACCACCAACCCCAGUGCACUUUGUAAGACAGCCUCGUCCUGCUCUUUCUGAGGGGGUAACUGCAAGGUGUAGUGAGACUGCAGUGCAUGUAGAGGUGCUGAAAGAACUGCUUGGAACUGAUGUAAUCCUCAAUGUUGCUGCUCUUACGCUGGGAGGUUGUGCUGCCAAAGGGGUGGAUGCUGCUUCCCGAUUCCUUGUCUAUGAAUCGGCAUUGCAUAACUGCAACAGCAAGUUAAUUGUGACCGCAAACGAGCUGGUCUAUAUCUUCACCCUUGGCUUUGCUCCAGUACCUCUAAGUGGCUCUCCACUUCUGAGAAGUGCUGGUGCUAAGGUCUUAAUUGAGUGUCACUAUCCAAGACUCCACAAUGUGAGUAGUAGUGGUCUCAUGCCUGCUUGGAUCCCACAUUCUUCUGCCCAUGCUGCUGAGGAGCAUCUUGUCUUUUCCUUGAGGCUCAUGAUGGAUGACUGGAUAUUCCAGAGGCCAUCCAACCAGUACUAUCUGGGUGAGAUUAUAAAUAUUGAGGCUUCGGUACUGCAGUUCCACCAUGUGCCCCUGCGUGUCCUUGUAGACAGCUGUGUGGCCACUCCUGUCCCUGACAUAAAUGCUGUCCCAAGAUAUUACUUCAUUGAUAACCAUGGGUGCCUGAUUGAUGCCAAGCUUACGCAUUCCAGUUCCCGUUUUAUGCCUUACAGUCAAGCAGCUAAGUUGAGGUUUCAGCUGGAUGCUUUCAGAUUUCAACAAGGGAACAGUAGCUUGGUCUACAUUGCCUGCACCUUGAAGGCAACAGCAGCAUCUGCCCCUGCUGAUGCUGAGUACAAGGCUUGUUCAUUCUCUGACAAUAGAUGGACUGCUGCAUAUGGUGCUGACCAGGUGUGCAGUUGUUGCAACAGCGGAUGUGGAAGCAUGCGGAAGGGACGUGAUCUGUCCUCAGAACAAGGCUUGCAGCUGGAGAAGGAAGUAAGCCUUGGCCCAAUUGUGGUUCUGGAAAAGGCUUUGUGGUCUAACAAUUUGAUUAAAUAA